GUUGACAUGGCUUGACUGGUCUCUGUGGGAAGUUUCAGGAAAUGCAACAGGUGGAAGACCGGAGGGAAUGAACUGAGUACUCUCUCGUUAGCGUCCCCGGCUAGCUGCUGUAUGUUCUUGAAGGUGCCUGUGGGCGUCGGACAGGGAAACAACUGCGCAGUCUUUCACACGGUCAGGUGGCACCAUGGAUGACAACAGCCUCAACGUCUCCAAUGUAAAGGUCGCCGUUCGCGUGCGACCCAUGAACAGGAGAGAAAAAGACCUCAAGACAAAAUGUGUGGUGGAGAUGGAGGGGAACCAGACAGUUCUGCAUCCAGCCAUCACUAACAUCAACAAAGGAGAUGCCCGGAGUCAGCCAAAGGUUUUUGCGUAUGACUACUGCUUCUGGUCAAUGGAUGAAUCCCAAAAGGACAAGUUUGCAGGUCAGGAUGUAGUGUUCCAGUGCCUUGGCGACAGUCUGCUCGACAACGCCUUCAUGGGCUACAAUGCCUGCAUCUUUGCUUAUGGACAGACAGGCUCUGGGAAGUCGUACACCAUGAUGGGUUCAGCGGAGCAGCCUGGUCUGAUCCCUCGGCUCUGCAGCUCCCUGUUCAGCAGGACUGCGCAGGAGGCCUGGGAAGGAGAGAGCUUCACUGUGGAGGUCUCCUACAUGGAGAUUUACAACGAGAAGGUCCGAGACCUGCUCGACCCCAAAGGAAGUCGACAGGCGCUGAGAGUGAGAGAACACAACGUUUUUGGGCCUUAUGUUGAUGGCCUGUCUCGCCUGGCUGUGGCCAGCUACAAGGACAUCGAGUCUCUGAUGUCAGAGGGAAAUAAAUCUCGCACAGUGGCAGCCACAAAUAUGAAUGAAGAGAGCAGCAGGUCCCACGCUGUGUUCAACAUCAUCCUCACACACACACUCAUGGACUUACAGUCCGGGACGAGUGGAGAGAAGGUGAGCAAGCUGAGUCUGGUGGAUCUGGCUGGCAGCGAGCGGGCCGCUAAGACUGGAGCGGCAGGGGAGCGGCUGAAAGAAGGCAGCAACAUCAAUAAGUCUCUCAGCACUCUGGGUUUAGUUAUCUCGGCCUUGGCUGACCAGGGAGCAGGGAAGAACAAGAACAAGUUUGUUCCUUACAGAGACUCUGUGCUCACCUGGCUGCUCAAGGAUAGUCUUGGAGGGAACAGCCGCACUGCCAUGGUGGCUACCAUCAGCCCCUCUGCAGACAACUAUGACGAGACGCUGUCCACCCUGCGCUACGCCGACAGGGCCAAGAGCAUCGUCAACCACGCCGUCGUCAACGAAGACCCCAACGCCAGGAUCAUCAGAGAGCUUCGAGAGGAAGUGGAAAAACUGAGGGAGCAGCUCACCGAGGCGGAGUCUAUGAAGGCCCCCGAGCUGAAGGAGAGGCUGGAGGAGUCUGAGAAGCUGAUCCAAGAAAUGACAGUCACCUGGGAGGAGAAGCUCAGGAAGACUGAGGCUAUUGCACAGGAGCGUCAGAGGCAGCUGGAGAGUCUGGGCAUUUCCUUGCAGUCUUCUGGAAUACGAGUGGUGGACGACAAGUGUUUCCUGGUGAACCUUAACGCUGACCCUGCCCUCAACGAGCUGCUGGUCUACUACCUGAAGGAGCACACACGUGUGGGCUCAGCCAACUCGCAGGACAUCCAGCUGUGUGGGAUGGCCAUCCAAGCUGAGCACUGUGUCAUCGACAUCACAGAGGGCAACGGCGUGGUGCUCAGUCCUCACCGCAAUGCUCGAACAUGUGUGAAUGGUGCUGCAGUGACCAGUCCAGUCCAGAUUCAUCACGGAGACCGAAUCCUGUGGGGAAACAACCACUUCUUCAGGAUCAGUCUGCCGAGGCAUAUGGUCCACGCGGGAGGUGAAGAUGAGGAGGGCGGUGCUGCAAUGAAGACGUGUUUGAGUACCGACCAGCUGGAGGUGGACGCGGAUGCGUCCAGCGACGUGUCGAGUGAGCUGAGCUUCGGCUAUGAGUUUGCCCAGGCCGAAGUCAUGAUGAAAGGCAUGGGCAACAACGAUCCCUUGCAGUCGGUAUUGCAGACCUUGGAGAGGCAGCACGAGGAGGAGAAGCGCUGCGCCCUGGAGCGGCAGAGGCAGAUGUACGAACUGGAGCUGCAGCAGCUCCGCCGCCGGCUGACUCCUGAGAAACCCUCCCACCUCCUGGACCCGACGGGCCUGCCGCCCAGUGCGGCGGCUGCUAUAACGUCUCCCAGCUCCCAAAAACGCAUGCGCCGCUGGAGCGAGGACAGAGAAGCAAUGAUGACUCGCAGCCUGCGGCGUCUGAAGGAGCAGAUUGUUCGGGCCAACCUGCUGGCACAGGAGGCCGGCUUCAUAGCCGAGGAGCUCAACAAGAGGACAGAGUACUUGGUCACUCUGCAGAUACCGGCUGCCAACCUGGAUGCCAACAGGAAGCGUGAUGCAGUACUGAGUGAACCGGCCAUCCAGGUUCGUCGUAAAGGUAAAGGGAAGCAGAUCUGGGCUCUGGAAAAGAUGGAGAACAGGCUGGUGGACAUGAGGGAGCUCUACCAGGAGUGGAAGGACUUUGAUGAGGACAAUCCUGUGAUGCGGUCUUAUUUCAAACGUGCCGACCCGUUCUUCGAUGAACAGGAGAACCACAGUCUGAUCGGUGUGGCCAACGUUUUCCUGGCCUGCCUGUUCCACGACGUCAAGCUGCAAUAUGCGGUGCCCAUCAUCAACCAGAAGGGAGAGGUGGCAGGUCGGCUACAUGUGGAAGUGUGGCGGGGUACAGAGGGCUCUGAGGAGGAUGGUGCAGGACAAUCUGACGAUCAGCAGAACAUCACAGACGGAGAUCCACAGGAGCGCAAGCUGCACUGUGUGGUGAAAAUCCUCCAGGCCAAUGGUCUGCCUCGCCACCUGUCCAACUUCGUCUUCUGUCAGUACCACUUCUGGGGCCAGGAGGAGCCGGUGUUCAUCGCUCCAGAGGUGGCGCCAUCCACCUCGUCCUCCACUUCCAGAGACCCUCACUGCACUGUGGUCUUUGACAGCGCAAAGGAGCUGUCGGUGCCGGUGUCGGAGGAGUUUGGGGAAUUUUUGGCCGAGGGGGCGGUGGGCAUUGAAGUGUACGGCCACAAGCAGGCCAACCAUCGCAGGAACCUGGCGCUGUGGGACCUCGGAGUGAUUCAAGCCAAGACCAGAUCCCUCAGAGAGAGGUGGAGCGAGGUAACCCGCCGGCUCGAGCUGUGGGUGCAGCUGAUGGAGCUGAAUGAGGCCGGAGAGUUCACGGCUGUAGAGGUUCUUCCUGCUAAAGACGUACGCACAGGAGGAAUCUUCCAGCUCCGACAGGGUCAGUCCCGUCGAGUCCAGGUGGAGGUGCGUUCAGUACCGGACUCAGGCACCAUGCCCCUCAUCACCGCCUCCAUCCUCUCUGUUACCAUCGGAGACGUCAAGAUCAGACAGAUGCGUCCCUCCAAAGGCAGCGAAUCACAAUGGGGCGGGGAUGAAGAAAUGGACAGCUACCAAGAGGAAGACCUGGAGAGGAUGAGGGAACAGUGGCUGGACACUCUCACUCAGAGGCAGGAGUAUCUGGAUCAGCAGCUACAGAAGAUAGUCUGCAAGCCAGAUAAGUCAGAGGACGAUGUAGAGAGGGAGUCCCAGCUGCUGGAGUGUCGGCUGACGCUCACCGAAGAACGCAACGCCGUUCUGGUGCCAUCGGCUGGCAGCGGCAUCCCUGGAGCGCCGGUGGAGAGGGUCCCUGUCCCUGGAAUGGAAACACACAUUCCUGUCCUGUUCCUGGAUCUCAGUGCUGAUGAUUUCCAGUCCAGUCUUUCAGCCCCAUUGGCCGGUGGGCUGGAUGCAUUACUUAGCGGGGAGGAGGAGGACGACUUCUUUGACCUUCAUAUUGUUAAACACUACGAUCCGGAGGUAAGGGUGGAGGCUUCCUGGGACUCCACAGUGCACGAGUGCCCCCAGCUGAGUCGCGUGGGGUCGGCCGACCAGAGGGUCUACCUGACAGUCAGGACGGUGGUUCAGCUGAGCCACCCGGCCCACAUGCAGGUGGUACUCAGGAAACGCAUCUGCGUCAACGUCACCGGGAGACAGGGUUUUGCUCAGAGCCUGCUGAAGAGGAUGUCUCACCGCAGCACCAUCCCCGGCUGCGGAGUCACCUUUGAAAUCGUUUCUAACAUCCCAGGGGACAUCCACGGUCCAGAGGACAGGGAGAUGCUGGCCAGGCUAGCUGCCAGCACUGAGGACGACCAAUCAGCCGACAGCGAGGCGGCCAUAGAGAAAUACCUCCGCAGCGUCCUGGCUGUGGAGAACAUCCUCACUCUGGACAGACUCAGACAGGAGGUGGCUGUGAGGGAACAGCUGGCAGUCAGAGGGAAAGCUCCCAGACGCUGUCUGAGCUCUCCAAACAUCAACCGGGGCUGGGAGAGCCAUCAGGACCUUUCUGUGGUGCCUCCUUCAUCUAGACGCACACUGCCCAGCUCCAUAUCCCAGAACCUGAACCCAGAGACCGUGCAUUUAGGCUUUGCUGCGUCUUAUCUCCCUCCAGUGAAGGCCGUACCCAAGCUGCUGAAGUCACUGCUUCCUGGUGGGAAGGAAGAUAGUAGAGACCAGACGGCUGUCCAUCAGCAGAGUUUGCCUCGCAUCAUGGUGCAGUCAGCCAGUGUUGAAGAGGGCAUGAGCGAACAGCAGCAGCCAGUACCGUUUGAAGAAGUCAUUCCUCCUGACCUCCGAACAGAGAGCCCCAGAUCCGUGCCCCUCCCACCACCAAUCAUCCCAGAGACAGAAGACUCCACCCCCAGCCCAGUGAGCGAAUCGUCAAGCGGAUACAUCUCGACUAGCAUAUCUACAGCAACACUGUCAGAAGUCUACACACUGAGCUGGGACCUGCCUCCGUCUACCAGCAGCAGAGCCGACAGCUUUGAGGCGGUACCAGAUGAAGAGGAGGAGGAGGACAAUAAAGUGACUCGUCCUGAAUCUUUUCUUGUGGACCAAUCAGAGCCUCAGGAGUCAUUGCUGGUUUUUGACAACAAGAUAGCUGAAGAGAGGACUGAUCCGCAGCCGUCCAAACCAGACAAUACUCCAUCAGAUUCAAACCUGAGUCAGCAAGAACCAAAUCUGUCUCCAUCAGUCCAGGUGAAGGAACAAGGGGAGCCUGAUUCAGCUGCAGAAUCAGACUUGCUAUGCCAGACCAAACAGGACUCAACAGCUGACCCUGUGGGAUCAGAACAAUUGGACAGUUUGGAGCCACUUAAAGAUUCAUUGUUAGUACAAGAGAAUGAAACCAAACAGACAGAAGUUUCACCAACAGAGCGCUCAAAACCAGAAACCCCGGUGACAGAAGAACUCGCUGGCACAGACAAGACAGAAGGCGAACUGUCAAUUCACUGCGAAACACAACCUUCCACAGAAGAAGACCAGUCUGAAACUAUAGUCCCUCAGCCACAGAAGCCCAAACCAGAACAAACAACCUUUGACAGUGAUCAAGAUCCAGCUCCAGACCUGAUCCCAGUUGCGUCUGUAGUCUGUGUUCCAGCCCCCGUGCAACCUGGAGAUCUGGUUCUUCAAGCAUCAUCCGAGGAAAAGGCCACUUCCGACGUCUCAAACCCAGAUGGCACCUCGCUCCCGACUUCAUCCUCCACCACUGAUGAAGUCCAACAGGAAGCAACUGCCACUUCAUCUACGAAAUCCACCACAGUUCCAGUUCCUCCUCUGUCCAGUGUUCAGCCUUCCAAACCUGAAGCCUCAGUGGCAAAUCCCUUCAAGAUCCAGAAAGUGAAGUCUUCAGACCUCAAGUCUUUUCAGCGUAUUCUGGGUGAGGAGGAGGAUAAACUUGCGCAGGUGGACCCGUCCAGCAGUCCUGGGACAGGUCUUAACCUCUCUGUGCCGAUGGAAAGCCUGGAAAUCAUCUCUGACUCUGAGGAAGGCGACGCAGCUGCUACUACUGUUCUUCCUGACUGGUUGAAAGAAGGGGAGUUCGUGACUGUGGGGACCAAUAAGAGCGGCACCGUCCGUUAUGUGGGACCCACAGACUUUGCAGAGGGUACCUGGGUGGGAGUGGAACUGGAAGUACCAGCAGGAAAGAAUGACGGUUCAGUAGGUGGCAAGCAGUACUUCCACUGUAACCCUGGUUACGGCGUACUGGUAAGGCCAGACAGGGUGAGCCGGGGUGGCGCUAAGCGUCGUCGCCAGCAGCAACAGCAAAAGCGCCGCAGUGCCAACCUAUCUGGGUCCAACCCCAACCUGGCAGCCCUUACCGCUCUGGCCAAAGGUGAAGGUGGUGGAGCAUCAACCGGCCGUAGCAGAGGAGAGAACCGCAAGUCAUGGAACACUUGAGAGGCUCAUUAUCUGGUAAGUGGCUAAUUGCUGGACACCCACUCAGCCACAUGCAGCAGCUGGUUGAUGUGAUUAUAGGGUGAGCUUUCAAGAAGAGUGACAAUAUAGUGUUUUAUUUAGUCAGACUUCACUGCACCUGGUCCUUUACUGUAAGUUGGGGUCAGCAUGGGAUGAGUCAGUCCACUCCUGUGUUGGGAGAGGAACUGUCCCACCCAUCAGAUGUUCAGUCAUGAUCUGUUAAAGGACCGUAUCCAUACCUAAUGUGCUUAGCAAUUGAAAACUGCAGAACAAUACUGAAUGUUUUAUCAGAAAAUGUGAAUGUUUUUUUUAUGUAUGUAGAUACAAAUAACAACCAUUUGUCUGUAACUGAUCUCAUUUUAAAUGAUGAAUGUCUCAUUUUGGUCACAACACCUUGAUGUGCUCAUAUUUCUACUGUUCAAAGUAAAUUAUGCAGCUGCAUGUUUGGAUUUCCAAGUAUUGUAAAUUGCUUGUACCUCUUGGUAUUGUUUGAUUGGAUGCUGGUAUUUUGUUCUUGUGCCUUGAAAUAUCACUGCCACUCAGAAAAUGUGCCUUAGUGAUAAACCACCAAAUUCUGUGCUGCUGGUAGGUUGAAAACCAUUCAGCUGGAGCCUCUUAUAGUUCUUGAAUGUGUAUUUGUACUGUUUUAGAAAAAAACUUGCACUUCCUUUUCUGACAAACUACUGAAAUUUUGAAACAUUUUUUAAUCAGCUGUCUCCAAGUAUGUCAAGAUUGUUUGGAAGUCACUUCAUUUUAAAAAGAGCUGAUGUGAGGCAGUUUUUAAUUUUUUUUCUGUAGCAAGUUUUUAAUUAUACUGUGUGUAUGGGAAGCUGUUGAUUUGUACAUGAUAUGGGUACUUGAGGAGUUGUGUUGGUUGCGUUUGGUAUUAAUGUUUGUCCAAGAUGUUUUGUACUUGUGCAUUCAAGUUGAUCGUUUGACUGCCUGACUGCUUAUUUAUUCAAAGAUGAAGACACAAUAUUAAUAAUGAAAGGCAAAAUCAACUUUUUGUAUUGUUCAAUAAAUUUCAUUCUGCU